UCUCCCGAGGCCCUCGCAGCCCGGCCGGCUCGGAGAUGGGCAGCGAGGCGCUGCGGCUGUUCCGGCAGCUGAACCUCCACCUGGAGCUGGAGGACCGCUUCCAGCCCCGCGAGAGGGGGCUCAGCCUCAUCGAGUGCGCGGCCGAGAAUGAAAACACUCUGUGCCCGAGACAAAGGAAUGCUAAGGUGGAAGAUCUCUGGAGUCUGACCAACUUCUUCGGUUUUGCAACUGAAACGUUUGUUUUGGCUGUUAACAUCCUGGACAGAUUCCUGGCUCUUAUGAAGGUGAAACCAAAGCAUUUAUCUUGCAUUGGAGUUUGUUGUUUUCAACUGGCUGCCCGAGUGGUUGAAGAAGAAUGCAAUAUUCCAUCUGCUCAUGAGAUUAUCCGAAUCAGCCAAUGUAAAUGCACUGUGUCCGACCUGAAACGGAUGGAAAAGAUAAUUUCAGAAAAGUUGCACUUUGAAUUUAAAGCUACUACUGCCUUAACCUUCUUGCACUUGUACCAUACUAUUGUACUCUGUCAUACCUCAGAAAGGAAAGAAGUAUUGAAUCUUGACAAAUUGGAAGCACAGCUAAAAGCUUGCAACUGUCGUCUUGUCUUUUCUAAAGCAAAACCUUCUGUCUUGGCCUUGUGCCUUCUCACUCUUGAAGUUCAAUCUUUGAAAUCUGUUGAGCUGUUUGAGAUACUUCUGCGUGUUCAAAAGCACUCAAAGAUAAGUGAUUGUGACCUGCUUUACUGGAGGGAACUGGUCUCAAAAUGCCUGGCAGACUAUUCUUCUCCUGAAUGUUGCAAGCCUGAUCAUAAAAAGCUAGUUUGGAUUGUUUCAAGGCGCACAGCCCAGAAUCUACAGAACAGUUACUACAGUGUUCCUGAGUUGCCAACAAUACCAGAGGGUGGCUGUUUCAAUGAAAGCGAAAGUGAAGACUCCUGUGAAGAUAUGAGCAGUGGAGAAGAAAGCCUUAGCAGUUCUCCUCCUAGUGAUCUGGAAGGCACCUUCUUCUUUGAACUCAAGCCUAAAACAAAGUGGCAAACUCUUAAUUCUCAGUCUUUGCAUUAAGUCUUGAUUGUAGUGGGUUAAGAUUUUUAAUGCACCCUAAUCUUUUGGCAAUAAUAAAUGGGGUUGUGGUAUUCUGUAAACUGUAUUAAGGCAAGAGUUGCUGUGAUACUGCAAUGCUUUGAAUGCCUGCCUUGUGGUUUAUGUUCUAAUUCAGGUCUCAUUUCAGCAAAAAAAAGAAAGUUGAUGUCUAGUUUUGUUGUCUUUGAGGAUAAAUGCAGUCCUGUACCUUAUGUUCCUUGAUGCAUAGCAGCUAACAUAAGCAGCAGAGUGUCAUGGCAGCAGUGGAAGCUGAUGGCUGCUUAAACAGGUGAUCAAGAUUGAGGGAAGUAGGGCUUUUUCUUCCCUGUCCAGUUUUUAGUCCAAGAUAUUGGUCACCUGUUUCCAUUUGCCAUGGAGCUGCCAGGAUGCACAAGGAAUUUGGGGCACAGGAUCUGUGAGGAGAAGUUGAGGGAAGUGUGGGCUUCAUGCAGCUCGGCCAAGAGGGUGUGUGGGUAGGAUUGAGCAGCAGUCUUCUACUAUGUAAGAGAGGGUUGCUGAGAAGAUCAUUGCAAUUUUUGAUUGAGAUGCAGUCAAGCAUGGGAUGGACUAAGAAGAGCUGUGUAGUCUUUGUCUUGGGAGGUUUUCAGGGUCUGAUGUGACAAAACCUUGAGCGGCAAGAUCAAAAAUCGGUAUUGGUGCUCCUGUGGGCAGGAGAUUAGUGCAGAGCCCUCCUGUGAGGGUCCCUCCACUCUUCAGUGUUUUGUGGUUAAAUCACAUUGGCUGAGUGGAAUUAUUGCAUAUACAGUACCAUGCUGAAGUGCUGAUUCACAGUGAAAUGGGCUUUUUGAAUACUGAAACUGCUUUAACACUUCAUGUGCUGUGCUCCUUUUCAGCAGGUUCUUGUGUACUUCAAAUGUUUCUUAUUUAAGGCUUAGUUUUUCAUAAACUUUAGGAAUCCCUGUUUUGAACUGAGUGUGCGUGGUAGGAGUGGAGGAUUCUAGUCAAUACAAACUUUUACUGAAAAUGGUAGUAUGUGACAGGGCUUUUCAUAUUUUCUUUAAUACAAAUUAGCUUAUGCUGAAACCCACCGUGUGUUUGUAUUUAGUGUUAAAAAGUCAGCCCAUACUAUCAGCUUAGAUUUAUUGACACGGUUACUCUUGAUAUGUCUACGUUCCUUUUAAUAUUUAACCCUUGUAGUUUAUUUCAGUAUAUUCAUGUUAUUGAUUGAGUCAUAAUCAGACUUGUUUGCAUGCUUACGUGAAGCAGUUAGUGCAGGAAAAGUUGAUAUUAUGCAGUAAUAUCCAGUAAAUGUGAUGUUGAUGAAGUAGUUAAUGUAAUGGGCUUUUUUGAACUUAUGGAAGCACACAAACUGAAGUGUGAUUGCAUUUCUCUGUACUGAGAAUAUGGCUAGGUAGUAAGCGGAUGAGUUAACUCAGAAUAAUGGUGUGAAGUGUGGUGGUGCCAAAGUAGAAAUGAAGGAGCAAUCUAAAGGCUGUUUUGUAGAUGUAAGAAUUGUUUUAGGGUAUGAGCGGUGCCGUAAGUCUGUAACUGUUACAUGAUUUCAGUUUUAUAAAAAUACAAAAAGUUUACAAAAAAAAUGUAAAUAAAAAUGUAAAUUUAAAAAAUGUACAGGAAAAAAAAAUUUAAAACAAAAAAUGAGCAGAAAAUACUGUAUUUUUUUACCUUGUAUGUAACUUUUUGUAGGUAUGUUGCAUGUAGAUAUUAAUUUAUUGUGUACUCUGUAUGAUACAAAUACUGUUCACUCAAACUUCUUACUUCUGCACCUGGGAGCUCCGUUCUGAAAUAGAGUACCUUGACUGUGUGUGAUAAACCUACUGGGUCUUGUUUCACUUCAGAACAAAAAUAAAUUGUUGUAUUUGUUAA